ACCAAUACGAAGAGAACCUUUUAUUUAUUCUAAACAUGAUCAUUAUUUAUUUAAUGAAAAAAAAACAAAAAGUAAAUAUUUAUUUGUUUGAAUUCGAUUAUAAAAAUCUUUUUUUAAAAUUCUAUCGAUAUAGACGUUAGUGGAAAUAUUUAUGGUAGAUAUAAGAUAGAUCAUUUUAAUAUAUAAGAUUAACAAUUCUUUCCUUUAAACAAUAAACAACCAGUUUGAGAAUAUCGUCAACCUCUUUUACAAUAUCAAAAACUAUCAACAAUCAAAAAAUUUCAAAACAAAUAUAACACAUAAAUGAUUGUCUUUAUUUUAUUUAAAUCUUCUAGUAGAUAAAUAAGAAUAUUAACCGUUAUGAUUAACGGAUUUAUUUUUAAAUCAACUUGAUAAAAACAGAUCACCAUUUUAUCUUAAAUGACAUGAACAAUUUUUAGAUGAAUAUUAUCGAAAAGAUAAGAUUUUAUUAAAUUGAUCGAAACAUUUCAAUAUUUGUUAACGUAAACUAGAAAUUGAAUAAUAUCGUUAAAGAAGAUCGUUCAUCUAUGUAUUAUCUAUUAACAAAUGAUGCUCAUCUUGAUCAUUUUAUCUUAUUUGAUGAACAUCUACAAGUUUAUCAACCUCUUAUAUUAGUUUAUCUUCAACCUAAAGAUUAUGAAAAAGCAUUAAAAACACUUCAAUAA